AAGUGUCACUCGAGACCAGCUAUUAAAGAAGGAACAGCAACAACAGAGCUCCUAAAAAAUCAAACACAGUGCUUCGGGCUUUGAGCAAAAGUAGAAACUAAGCUCAGAUUCAUCAAAAUGCCUAUCAAUAGAAUAGCGUUUGGAACACCUAGAGAGGCAAGCCACCCAGAUGCACUUAGGGCUGCAUUGGCGGAGUUCAUCUCCAUGCUUAUUUUUGUAUUUGCCGGUUCAGGAUCUGGCAUGGCUUUCAACAAGUUGACCGACAAUGCUUCGACUACUCCUUCUGGUCUAGUAGCUGCCGCACUGGCCCAUGCAUUCGCACUCUUUGUGGCUGUUUCGGUUGGCGCUAACAUUUCUGGUGGUCAUGUGAAUCCGGCUGUGACCUUCGGUGCACUUAUUGGCGGAAAUAUCACACUGUUGAGGAGCAUUUUGUAUUGGAUUGCUCAGUUGCUAGGAUCUGUUGUUGCUUGCUUGCUACUUAAAUUUGCCACUGGUGGAUUGGAAACUCCAGCUUUUGGAUUAUCAUCUGGGGUUGGCGCAUGGAAUGCGCUAGUUUUUGAGAUUGUGAUGACCUUUGGACUGGUCUACACAGUGUAUGCCACAGCAGUGGAUCCAAAGAAGGGAAAUUUGGGCAUUAUUGCACCUAUUGCAAUUGGUUUCAUUGUUGGUGCCAACAUCCUAGCUGGUGGUGCUUUUGAUGGUGCAUCCAUGAACCCAGCUGUCUCUUUUGGUCCUGCUGUUGUGAGCUGGACUUGGACUAACCACUGGGUUUACUGGCUUGGUCCAUUCAUCGGUGCUGCCAUUGCUGCCCUUGUCUAUGAUAACAUCUUCAUUGGCAGUGGUGGACAUGAGCCACUUCCCACCAAUGAUUUCUAAGAACUGCAUCAUCCCAUGCUGAAAUAUAAGUAUCUCUCCCCAUAUAGAUUAAGGAGGCAUAAAGUUUGGAUUUCUGGUAGUUUUGAUGUUGCUGUUUGUAUUAUUUUUGUUUCCACUUAUUUUAUAGAAGUGGAUGGUACCCUGUUUAAUUGCCUUUUCCCUGUUGGAUCAAUGGAAAUGCUUUGUUUGCUAUGAAA